AUGUCAUCCUUCCAAAAAAUUCAAUCAGACAUUCAGGCUAGUCAAACUCAGCUGCCGCAUUCUAUCCAUGCCAUUGCCAAGCACAUCCCGAGGCUCUCGGAGCUUUCUUGGUUUGGGUGCAAUGAUGAACUCUCGGAACCAAGUAUAUCUGCAGAGUGCAUAACUGAUAUUCUUGCCAACAAUUUCAAUCAAAUGCAUCAGCAAAUCGAAGACCUGCAAGGCACGAUAAACGAUCUUUUAGACGAAAACAAGGCCCUAAAGGUUCAGAUGUCGACAAAGAUUGAAGAAUCAAUAUCCCUGCUACAGAAAAUCUGCAAAAUGAAUAUUGAUAUACAAACAAGUCUUAACGAAAAAAGGGCAAUGGCAGAUGAAGUUGACAAGCUGCGAGCGCAGAUUGCCGGGCGUCCGCCAGGAAUGCUUGAGACAACCCAAAGAGGCAUCAUCAUCAGCAAACUACUAUCUAGAUCAGAGUCUAUAUACGAGAAUUACAAUGCAAUCCAAGAGGAGGGAUUACCUAAUUCCAAAAUUGAGAAUGCUGCGUCUGAUUUAAAGAGUCCUUUGGACAGUAUCCUCAGUGCUGAUGAGGCUCGAAGGCUGUUUCAUUCCUUUCAAGAUUGGUUUGACGAGCAAGAUCUGGAUUCAAUAUCAUUGCGCCGUUGCUCAGUUUGUCGCAAGAUGAGGUUCGAACAAGCCACGCCCAAUAUUUCAUACCCUUUAGUCGACGAAUUUUCCACAAGUCUCCGACGGCCUAUCACCUGUAGGACUUCUGUCUGCUUGGUCUGCUAUCUUGAAUCUGUUCUCAAGUCUAUACAGGGACUACCUGAAACUUGGUGGGAAAUGUCGGGGUUAACAGUUCUGAUACCAUGUCCGUGCGGUGCCUGUUCGGCUGAUAUCGCUAUCCAGGAUCGUGGGACUUUACAGAGACUACUUAGACUCACGAAAGUCCAGGAUGCAGACGAAAAACUGAGAAUAUAUGAUACAGCACAGCAUCUUGUGUCAGUACUAACCAGCCUUGAUCCGCAGCCAACUUUAGAAGCACGUCAAGUAGCCAAGCGCCUACAUCAACACCUUACUUCGAAUGGUAUCAUGAAACCACUGUUUGAUCUUGCGAUCUCAGAACUACAUACUCUGGAAGAGGGUGUACCACACGACGUGAACUCCAGCCUCGUUCAGCUCCUCGAGCUGAAUGGCACUGACGAGGUAUUGCGUGUCCCCAUCUUCACACAGCUUCUGCAACGAGAACAGUCUCCGGUUGAAUGUUCUAUCUGCACUGAACCUGUCUAUGAUCUAAUUGGCGAAGCCUUGAGCAAAUGGGAUACCAUUUGCAGUGAUUACGAUGGGGACUGGAAGUGGAAGGUUCUUCCUUUCCCUCUCAAGCUUGAACAGAGGUGCUCUCAUACUGUUGGCUUCUGCACGGAGUGCUUAGAGAACUACAUUGAAGCCCAGCUUGAUCAACAUGGAAGAGCUGGAUGCCAUCUACUUACUUGCCCUUCUUCCGAUUGCGGUCGGCGACUUGAAUACGACGAGGUGAAACUAUAUGCGCGACAAGAGACAUUUUCGAAAUACGAUGAAUACUUGAAACUAAAGGCUUUAAGCAAGUUGCCUUCUUUUCGAUGGUGUCUUGCUGAAAACUGUUCCUAUGGUCAGAUACAUGACCUAAUCGAGAGUAACCACGUCUCAUGCGAGGAAUGUGGCUACGAGAUGUGCUUUGAGCACCAAAUGAAAUGGCAUAAUGAUUUGACCUGCGAAGAGUUUGAUAGCAUGGAGGAGAAUGGAGACCCUCGGUUCCGUGAAACUCGAGACUGGGUAAAUGCCAACACCAAGCAGUGCCCUUCAUGCGGAGUCAAUACACAGAAAGGCCCAGGUUGCUUUCACAUGACUUGUUACUGGGGAGCGUGUACCUAUUAG